CCAUGGUUACGGUUUUUGUUUGCGGUGGCUGCAGUGCGCUACGAACUGUCGAGCUGCUAAGUUCAGUUUUUGCUCACACAGAAGACGCGAGACGCCAGCACAAGAACAGCGCAUGACUUGCAAUGAUGCCACCGAGAAUGAAAUUGCCGACGCUUUUCUUGCCAUCGAACAGAAGCAGAGUGAACUGCUUUCCGGGAUUCCAUUCGGCUCCAAAGUUUCCCACAUCUAUAAUCCCCUGGAAUACGCUCGCGAAACGCACGAAUGCUUUGUGCGUAAAUACUGCAGGACUCUAAAGACGGUGGUAUUUCUUGGCAUGAACCCUGGCCCCUUCGGCAUGGCUCAAAACGGGGUGCCAUUUGGAGACACAGCACACGUUGUUGGCUGGCUUGGGAUCCAAGGCCAAGUGACCAAGCCAACUCACGAGCAUCCUCGGAGGCCUGUGUUGGGCCUUGGCUGCACCAGGAGUGAGGUGAGUGGCCAUCGCUUCUGGGGCCUACUUCGUGAGCUCACUGCUGGUGGGGAGCUGCUUCGAGGUCCCUGGUUUGUGCACAACUACUGUCCCCUUGCAUUCCUGCUCCCAUCUGGUGCCAACCUGACACCCAACCGGCUGCCACUCGAAGCCCGCCAGCAUCUUCAGGCCAUCUGCGACGCAGCCUUGUUGUCCGUUCUGGACCUGCUGAGGCCAGAGACUGUUGUUGGCAUCGGAUGCUAUGCAAGGGACAGGGCACUAGCAGCCCUCGCUGCAAGCGACGGUUCCUUCAAACCACUUCGUGUGCUCUGCCUGACCCACCCAAGCCCAGCCAGCCCAAAGGCCAACCGUGGCUGGCAUGCACUGGCCCUCUCGGAGCUGCUUUCAUUUGGACUGAUCUCGGCUGAUGCUGCUGACAGGGCCAGUACAGAGUUGUGUCCCACUUCUAAACUUGCAUCAAGUAAAAACGAUGUCAGCUGAUGCAUAUGGGAA